UCCCCCCAUACCACUCCUUAGCUUCAAGCAAUCUUCCAUUGAGAGAAACAAGCCAUCAUUUCUACACCUUGGUUUUCACAUUCAGGCACCACAUAGUUCUAAUUUUCACCUUUUCAGCCCCAUCAUUCGAUAGAGCUUAUUCAUAAAUCCUCCGUUAUCAGUUGUUUGUUAUACUAAGAACUUCACCUAUGGCGUCUAAUUCUCUCACUUCGUGGCGUAGCUCUAGCUCCUCCUGGACAGCGAAGGAAAACAAAAUGUUCGAGAAGGCUCUGGCUAAAUACAACCAAGACACUCCUGAUCGCUGGCACAACAUUGCUAAGGCUGUGGGUGGAAAGUCAGCAGAGGAAGUCAAGCAGCACUAUGAGAUCUUAGUCAGGGAUCUCAAAGACAUUGAAUCUGGCCGGUACCCUUAUCCAUAUCCAAGUGGGAGCAGCAACUAAAGCAGUCUGCUGAAGGAUCAAAAAACACAAUGAAAUAUUAUAUAUAUAUAUAUAUGCAGUCGGGCAUCCAUAGAUCUAAGUUGCUACUGGCUUUUUUAUUAUUAUCUGUUUGUACGUUCAUCUGACCUUUAU